AUGCAGGCUAGCCUGCGAGGAUGCGGAAGCGAUGAAGAAAAGGUUCUUCGUCAGCUCCACAUGAAAAGGCGUCCCGAAGCCGCGGGAUUCAGACCACCGAAACAAUACUCUCAAGAGCCAUUCGGGACCAGCUUGAUCACAGCCAUCCGCAAUACAUUCAAGCUCUGUCUUGAGCAAGAUCACCUCAUGCGCGAGACGUGGGCGGUGGUCAGGAUGUCGGAUUUCAACCUCUGGGUUGAUGGAUGGGGCGCUGCAGCCGCAAGGGAGGAAUUGCUUGAUGCUAGGCUUCAGGCCCUGCCAGAAUCGGAUCAAAAGUGUCUAGAGGAUAAUCUUCACCAGCUCAAGGAUGCUCUUAGUCAAGGGCUCUUCGUGGAGAGAAGCGAAAAAUCAAUGAGGAAGGUCGAUUUCCUCGUCUCCCAGUUGGCCAAGGACGCCGUGGCCAUCAGACGGAGAGAAGCACAACCACGGAUCCAAAAAGCAGAUCAGACCUUCGACCCUCGGAGACAGCAGUCACUGCGGGAUUACUUCAAGUGCAUGAUGCUUCUUCUUCGGCCGACCGACAGUGCUGUUUCUGAACCUGAAUCCCCACCGACUGUGCCCACGGAUUGGGUGUGUGUCAUACCGAACGAUAAUGUGAUCAAGCUCAAGAUGACACCGCUUCAGGAGCGCCUCAUAGAAGCCAACCUCAGGCGCCGUUAUCGAUUUCUUCGAGCCCAGCGCGAGCCGGACAAAUCGGCCAGCUCAACGACUCCGGGGCCAGAAUCAACAGCUGGACUCCCAGAUAGCAUCGCGGCUGAUUCUCAAAAGGCGGGUCAGUAUCCGAGCCCCCCCAAAGCAGAGGGUGAUUUCAAAUGUCCUUGUUGCUGCCAACCUUUGCCCGACAUUGUGGCUAAGGACACCGAAAAAUGGAGACAACAUCUUUUGAAAGAUAUCCAACCGUUCACCUGUAUCGCAAAAGGCUGCCCGACUCCAGGUGUUCUGUACAGCACGCGAAGCGACUGGGAUCGCCAUGUGGAGAUGGACCAUCGCCGCAACCGAUGGAUCUGUCCCAUCUGCCGCGACAUGGGCACCGCAACCGACAACGUGGAGAUCUUGCUCGCCCACAUGUGGCAGCGUCACCCAGACGCAAUUCCCCCGGAGGAUGCCGUCCAUGUUAUUCAUGCGGGCGAGAUCCCAUCGUACGGACUCACGUGUUGUCCUCUCCCUCUCUGCAAAGAGACUGGAUCCCUUGACAGCUCCGAACUGGUCAACCACGUCCUGCGACACACCCAUGACUUUGCCUUACAGGCACUCCCGUGGCCCCAGCAGACGCAGGAUCAUGCCCCAGCCCCAGGCCCUCGACCCGGCACAUAUAACACGAGACUGCUGACAGAUCCGGACUACGUCCUGUCGUGGUUGAACGACGUCAGUGAGCAAGGUCCUUCACCUUCCACCCCCCCGGCACUGGACCUCAGGACCUGGGACGAGACUGCCGAGGAACCUGCGCAAGAGUCCAGCGGCGCCCGGGACUACUUCGACCGGAAUCCGUACUUUGCAGACGACUCCAGCAGUAGACCCUUUCCUGCGCCCUUGUCCAAGCGCAGCGAACACAUAUCAGAUGGCGAGGAGGCGAUUGACCACCAGGUUGAGGGCUGUUAG